GGAUAGAGGGUCAGCUGAGGCCCACGGCUUGAGAGUCGGCGAGGAAUUCCCCAGCAGCACAAGCCGCGCUCCCCAACACUCUCUGGGCUUGAGACCCACCAACGGAUGGGAAGACCGCAGAGCGGAGCAUGGGAAAGAACAGAGGACAGACAGGGCUGGCACUCAGAGUCCACAGUCCGGACCUGAGAGGGACAUACAAGUGCCAUAUGUCACCCAGGGCCUGGAAAUCAUAAAGGCACGUCCAGGUUCGAAGUCAUGCUCUGUGGGGAGGGCGGCAAGGACCGGCCCUCUGGUGGUCUGGGGAAAGGCUGGAGGGGUCAGUUUCUCAGGGAUGUGGUGCAGUGGGUGCAGGGCAGAGGGGUCGGAGCCAGCAGACUGCAUUCAUUCCAAAGUAAUCUCAUCCAGAGUGCCUCCUCGUCUGAGUUAAGUUCAGGAGAACUGUUUGUGCAACUAAGAAGCACUUUCCCUCUGGGUCCAAGAGCCCACCCUGAGCCUCACUCCCCGGCGAAGGGGUUUGAGCUGGAGGGACCCCCCAGGGCCACGUACGAAUGGGCCAGGGAAGCUACUCAGCCGGCUCCCUAGCCGGUCCUGGUCCAGUCCGGGGAUGGUUCUCACAUCACGGGGCAAAGGCGCCCCGGCUGGACUCCUCAGUGUGGAAAGGAUCGCCGUUUCCUCGGAAGGAAACUGUCACACUGGAAGGACGGGGCUGCUACUGCAGGGCGCAGGGCCUGGCCCACGGCAGACACAGGUUUUAAAAGACCUGGAUGCCCCUUUCCGAGAGGUCCCUAGUGAGGGGCUACACGGAGCUAGAGAUUCAGUACAGCCCCAGCGGCUGGGUCGUCCGACGGGGAGCAGAGGAGACCCUGAGGACCUACUCACAGAUAGGAGACGAGGGUCCAGCAGCUUGCCUAAACCCCGUGACGGGUGCACAUCUGAACUCGUAGUCCCCCGAACCACGCCUCCCCCCAGGAGGACCAGCCGCCAGCGAGCCACCAAGAGGGCCCAGGCCGCCAGGGGGAGCCUGCUGCACGUCCCCUACGGAGACAGGGAACGAGAGAGACUGGACAUCUACUUUCCUGAGGACGAGUCUGAGGCUUUGCCCUUCUUUGUGUUUUUCCACGGAGGGUACUGGCAGAGUGGAAGUAAAGACUCGUCGGCCUUCAUGGUCAGCCCACUGACAGCCCAGGGAGUGGCCGUGGUGGUAGUGUCUUAUGACAUCGCCCCCAAAGGCACCCUGGACCAGAUGGUGGACCAGGUGACCCAGAGCAUCGCGUUUGUCCAGAAGCGGUAUCCGUGCAAUGAGGGGAUUUACCUGUGUGGACACUCAGCUGGGGCCCACCUGGCCGCCAUGAUGCUGCUAGCCAACUGGACCAAGCAUGGAGCCACACCCAACCUCAAAGGCUUUUUCCUGGUCAGUGGGAUCUACGACCUGGAGCCCAUCAUGCACAUCCCUGAGAACGAGGCUCUCCUCAUGACCCUAGAGGAUGCUCAGAGGAACAGCCCACAGCGGUGCCUGGAGGUCGCCCUGACGCAGCCCGUGGAUGCAGCCUGCCCCGUGCUGGUGAUUGUGGGCCAACACGACUCCCCCGAAUACCACCGACAGUCCAGGGAGUUUUAUCAGGCUUUGCGCCGAGGAGGGUGGAAAGCCUCGUUUGAAGAACUCGAUGAUGUGGAUCACUUUGAGAUCAUUUGGAACCUCACCCAGAAGGACUACGUGCUCACCCAGAUGAUUUUGAAAACAAUCUUCCAGGAGUCCUGACAGCGCCUGAACCCCAGCUGGUGUGCACCGGAUUUGUGAAGCUUCUCUGAAGAGCCCGACAGCGUCCCUUCCUGUCAGCCCUCAGCUUUCCCCGGCGCCCAGCAGCGCCUUCGUUUGAGUCCCUUCUCGCAGCCCUGAACACGAGUACAAAUCUCCGUGGCCUCUCCUGGCCUGGAUGGAGCAGCCUCCAGGGAAGGUCCGGCCCAGGUCAACACUGCGUGAUGCCCGGAACUGCCUCUCGGCCAAGUCUGGCCCCCAAGCCUGCUGAGAGGGCGUGACAAAAAUGACAGCUCCUAACCACACGUGGACUAACCAUCCAGCUCGAUGCCUGUUUUUGUAUGACCUACAAGCUGAGAAUGACUUUAUGUUUUUAAACGGUUGAAAAAAAUCAAAAAAGAAUAUUAUUUCGUGACAUGUCAAAAUUAUAUAAAAUUCAGAUUUCAGCAUCCAUCAGUAAAAUUUUAUCAGAGCACAGCCCCGUUCAUUCGUUUACGAAUUGUCUGUGAUGGCUUUUGAGCUACAGCGGCAAAGUUGGGUAGUUGUGUUCGAGAUAUAUGACCCCCAAAACCUAAAAUAUUUACUAUCUGGUUCUUUACAGAAUAAGUUUGCCAACCGUUUUGUAAGAGUUGCCCAAACCAGUUUUUGUUGUGUCUUUUGCUUCCCUUCUUUGUCUGCUCCGUCCUGGGCCCCACCUGACCUUUGGGUCUGUCCCUGAACGCCCUGGGAUGUUAGCCUCGGGGCUGACACCUUGACUGUGAGAGGACAAUGACAUCCCCAGGUAGGACACACUUCUGGCCUCCCCAGGGCUGUGUGCACUCAGUUCCCGAGGAGCCAGCUAUGUCUACCCACACCCUCCACGGCCCACCCCCUCUCUCCGCCACUCUGCAUAGCUAGCAGGUCAAGAAUGAUUAAUUAUAGUAAAAGUAGGAAAUGGCCUGAAUAUUCAUCAGUAGGGAAUAAAUACAUCUAAACAGCCAACCACCCUGUAGCCAUUAGAAAGAGACCUGCGUUUAGAUCUCCAAGACAUUUGUUACAUGACGAAAAGCAAGAUGCUCACGAUACAAUAUAAGACCAUGUCAGUAACCUUUCAUCACACGCAUUCACAAAACGACGUGUUUCUGCAUGUGCCCAGUGUGUGAAUGCAGAGAAAAAGGUUGGGGAGGACCCACACCUCGUGCCUCUGCUCCUCCCCGGGCAGUGGGGCUGGGAACAGGGGGAGUGGGGUGUUGGCUUUGUCUGGAUUCUUUGUAUCUUUUAGGAUAAGAAUGUAAUGAGUCUUUAAAUGUACUAUGUAAUUUGAAACAUUAAAAUAUUCGAAAAGCUUCAGCAUGCAGGCAGAUGA